AAAAAACAAAUUUUAAGUUGAAUUUAAAUGGCAGCAGAAGAGGAACAACAACUUCAGACUAAUGGACAUGCAAAGGCCGCCGAAGAAACACCCAAUUCCACACAAUCCAAUGAGCUUCGCAGAAAAAAACGCAACAAAAUCUUAGUGUAUGUUGCACUAUUUAUUGUGUUUCAAAUUGCCGUUCUUCUCUUCUUUUCAUUAUACAUAAUGAAAAUCAGAACUCCGAAGUUUAGCGUGCAAUCCGCUGUAUUUGAUCAUAUGGUGACUGAAAACGCUUCGUUCAACAUCACAAUAAACGCUGAAUUGAGUGUCAAAAAUGCUAAUUUUGGACCUUAUAAUUACAAAAACAGCACUAUUUAUUUUUAUUACAAUGAUGUGAGUAUUGGGGAAGCCUUUAUUUAUCAAGGCAAAGCUGGUUUUAAAUCUACAAAGAAAUUUAAUGUGAUUGUGAAUCUUUCGUCUAAGGAAUCGAAGUUAAGGAAUGAUUUAAAUUCUGGAACGUUAAUUUUGACUAGUAAGUCAAAAUUGGAAGGGAAAGUGAAGCUGAUUUUUUUUAUGAAGAAAAAGAAAUAUACGGAGAUGAAUUGUACUAUUAUUAUUGGGUUGGCAGGUAAAGUGGUUCGGGAUAUACAAUGUGAUUAGAUAAAUUCUUGUUUGUCGAGUUGUACCAGACAGAUCUAGGUUUUGAAAUUUAUAGAUUUU